CGCGGGGUGAAACGCGAGCGCGGGUGGCCAAGGACCUGGAGCAGCCGCCUCCUGCAGCCCCGUGCCAGCGCCCGAGCCAGACAAAGAGACCCCUGCGCCGGCGCAGCGCGUCUGAGCCACGCGCGCCUCUGCCCGCCCCGCUGCCCCAGUCCCGGCCUUGGCCAGGUUUCCGCCCCACCCCGCUCCCGGGAGCACCCCUCUCUGCCACCCUCGGACCGCCCCCAGCUCCCCAUCCCUUUCCGUUCCGGGAUCUCCCAGCCCCUGUCCCGUCUGUCUGUCCAUCUGUCCUGGUGCGCGACCCCGAGCCUGUGGCGUGGAUGGACGCGCCCAGGCUGCCCGCGCGUCCAGGGGUCCUGCUUCUGAAGCUGGUCCUUCUCUUUGUCUACGCAGACGAUUGUCUUGCUCCGUGCGGCAAAGACUGCAGAUCCUACUGCUGUGAUGGAACCACACCUUACUGUUGCUCCUACUACGCCUAUAUUGGGAAUAUUCUCUCGGGCACUGCAAUUGCUGGCAUUGUGUUCGGAAUCGUGUUUAUCAUGGGAGUCAUUGCAGGAAUUGCCAUCUGCAUCUGCAUGUGCAUGAAAAACAACCGAGGGCCCCGGGUGGGCGUCAUCCAAACCACACACAUCAAUGCCAUCUCCUCCUACCCUGUGGCACCGCCCCCCUACAGUCACGACCAGGAGAUGCAGUGCUGCACGGACUUGCCUCCCCCCUACUCCCCGACUCCGCAGCGCUCCCCACCCCCUCCCUACCCUGGAAAUGCACGGAAAUAACCCUUCUCCCGGAACAGAAUAAAUGCCAAUCAGUGAUCCUGCCCAGAAGAAAAUGCUUCUAGAAAUGCAAAACAGGCUUUUUUUUUGACAAAAUAGUCAAGUGGACUAUUCAUGUGAAAGGAUGCAGGACUGCUACCCUGCUCAGAGCUAACCCCCUGUGGAGUGUUAUGGAACUGCAUUUUAAAAUAUCUCCUGAUCCACCGAAGCACGUUCAGAAAAAAAGUAAGGAGAAUGACAGACAUCUGAUAGUCAUGAGAAGCACUCAGGGAAGGAAGUUUCAGGGUUGGUCCUAGACGAGAGAAGAUUGAAGUCAAGUUGGGCAAGAGAAUCAUGGCCUGGUCUACGAAGAAACUUUAUUCUAUGCAUUUUUGAAAGGCAGCAGAAUUUUUCAUUCUUUCGUUCGUCAAUAAAAGUAAAUUGAGUGCCCAAGAGCUUACUAUGUGCCUGGAACCAUUUGAGGCACUAGAUGGAAAUUAGCAGAAGGGAGCUUUGGUUUCGGAACAGGCAUACCUCAUUUCAAUGCACUUUACUACAGUGUGCUGCAGAUACUCUGUGCUUUAUAAACUGAAGGGUUGUGGCAACCCUGCAUCAAGCAGUGCCAUUUUCCCCUCAGCUUGUGUUUAGGUCAUCUCUCUAUUUCACAUUUUUCUAAUUCUCACAAUAUUUCAAACUUUUUCACUAGUAUUACAUCCCCUAAGGUGAUCUAUCAUCGAUAACAUUUGCUGUUACUAUAGCUGUUUUGGAGUGCCACAAACCAUGCCCAUAUGAAACAAGGACUUUAAUAGACUGAUAAAUGUUGGUUGUGUUCUAACUGCUUCCCCAACCAUUUGCCACCUCUUUCCCUCUCACUGAGCCUAUCUAUUACCUGAGCUACAACAAUAUUGAAAUUAGACCAGUUAACCACGUGUUCAAGUAAAAGAAGGAGACACACAUCUGUCACACAAGCUAGAAAAAAUUAAGCCUAGUGAAGAAAGCAUGGACAACACUGAGAUGAGCUAAAAGGCCUUUUGAACCAAACAGCUGAGUUGUAAAUACAAAAGAAAAGUUCUUUCUGGAAAGAAAUAGAUGGUACUCCAGUGAACAUCUAAACUGUAAAAGAGAAAAGUAGCUUUACUGGUGAUAGAGAGAAACUUUUAGUGGUCUGGGCGGAAGACCAAAGCAGCCACAUUUUCUUAACCCAAAGCCUUACCCCGAGCAACACUCUAGCUUUCUUCAGUUCAAUAAAGGCUGAGCAAGGAUUAAAGGCUACAGGAAAAAAAGUGGAAAACUAACCGAGAUCAGUUCGUGGGGUUUAAGGAAAUAAGCCAUUUUCAUAGCAUAAAAAUGUAAGAGAAGCAGCAACUGCUGAUGUAGGAGCUGCAGCAAAUUACACAGGAGAUCAUAAAAUGGUUACACAGAACAACAGAUUUUUGGUGUAGAUGAAACUGCUUUAUAUUGGAAGAAAAUGCCCUCCAAGACUUCCACAGGGAGUCGAUGUCUGGUUUCAAAGCUUCAAAGGAAAAACCGAUUCUCUUGUUGAGGCUAUUGCAGGUGGUGACUGAGUUGAAGUCAGUUCUCAUUCAUCAUUCUCCAAAUCCUGAAGUUCUAGGAAUUAUACUAAUUGCAUUUUCUGUGGCCUAACAGUGGAACAAGAAAGCCUGUUUACCAAGUGGUUUAUUGAUUAAUUUAAACCCACUAUUGAAACUUACCACUCAGGAGAAAUUGUGCCUAUCAAAACUUACUGCUCAUUAACAAUGCACAUGGUUACCCAAGAGCUUUGAUGGAGAUGUACAACAAGAUUAAAGUUGUUUUCCUACCUGCGAAUACGAAAGCCUUUCUGUGCUUCAUAGAUCGAGGAGUAAUUUCUACUUUUAGGUCUUAUUUAAUGAAGACCUUUCAAAAAGUUAUAGCUGCCAUAGAAAGUGAUGCUUCUCAUGGAGCAGGGCAAAGUAGACUGAAGACUUUCUGGAAAAGAGUCAUCAUUCCAGAUGACAUUAAGGUGGUUCAUGAUUUGUGGAAGGAGGGCAAAAUAUCACCAUUCAUAAGCCUGAGAGAAGUUGAUGCCAGCCCUCAUGGUGAUUUUGACAGUUGAAGACUUCAGUAGAGAAAGUAACUGUAGAUAUGGCGUAAAUAACAAGAGAACUAGAAUUAGAAGUGGAGCCUGAAAUGGGACUGCACUGCCGCAGGGUCACAAGAAGAUAUUUAUUGGCCAGGAGCGGCUUCUUCCAGACAAGCAAAGUGGUUUCUUGGAGAGGAACCUACUUCUGGAGAAGAUGCUGCAAAUGUUGAAGUGACAAUAAAGGAUUUAGAAUAUUACAAAAAUGGAGUUGAUACAUCAGCAGCAAGGUUUGAGAGAAUUGACUCCAAUUUUGAAAGAUUUUUCCACGAGUACAAUGCUAUCAAACAGCACUAUAUGCUACAGAGAAAUGUUUCAUGUGAGAAAGUCUAUCCAUGCAGCAAAUUCAUUGCGGUCAUAUUUUAAGAGAUUGCCACGGCCUCCACAACCCUCAGCAACCACCAUCUUGAUCAGUCAGCAGCCAUCAACAUUAAGUUCUUCCACCAGCAAAAGGACUAUGACCCCUGAAAGACCCAGACUGUUGUGACACUUUCUAGCAAUAAAGCAUUUUUAAUUAAGAUAUAUACAUUGGAUUUUUUAGACAUAACACUAUUGUACACCCAAGAGAAUAGUAUAAAUAUAACUUUAAGAUGCACUGAGAAACCAAAAAAUUUGUACAACUCACUUUAUUGUAAUGUUUGCUUAACUGUGGUGGUCUGGAAUUGAACUCAUAAUGCUUCCAAUGUGUGCCUGGAUUUAAAAAAAAGGAGCCGUUGGAGUGUCCUUAUUGACUAGAUUCCUUUGUGAAGCUCCCUAUUACUAAGACUUCAAACAGAACCUUGGUAUCUCAUAAAGAAAUGCUCUUGAAGAUAUAUGUAAAUUAAAUGGUAGAUGGGUCCAUUGGGCCUCAGAAAUUCUACUCAAAUUUUUAGAUAGGUGUACAUUUCUGUGUCACUGAAAGUGAAAACAACAGUUGAAUAUUAUUUAUUUACUUUAAGAGUUAAAUUAGGAUCAAAGGGACUCAACAGUUGCUAGAAGUCCAGAGCUCUCACCGCCAGCUACUGCUGUGUACAAAGCAUCUGGUGACAGCCAGUGGAUUAUCAUGAAGGUUGUUCCAACUGUGCGGGGGAGAUUGAGUGAAAUUCUUCAGGCAACAAGUACUUCACUUCAAGAGUAGGAGAAGAGGCCAAUUUUCCCAUGGAUUUUAUAUCAGAUAGCAAACAUCCCAGAACUUGAUUGUGAAAAUGUACAACAGAUUUACAAAAAGAAAAGGGGAAAAUAAAAUAGAUUUCAUUCACAUGUAACUGAGCCAAGCUUUUGUUCUGGUUUUGUAAAAUUUUGAUAGUCUGUUUCCUUAAAAAACGUUAUACAGUUGAUGGAAAAGUACAAGAUUUCUCAUCUUGCCUUUUACCAAAUGCAAAUCUUAUGAAGUGCCUACCUUUAGAUGUAAAAGCAUUUAAUAAAUAAUUCAAGUGUGCCAUAUUUUGCUUAAAGAGAUCUUAACAUACUUUUGCAUAUUUAAAAAUUGUGUACUGGACAUUGGAUAUAGAUGAUCAGGCCUUUUGUCACUGUACAAUUAAAUAGAAAAUGUUUAACUUAAUAUCAUCAUAAUUCAAUGAAAUCCCAAAAAAUAUAAGAAUCUUGCUGAAUAAAAUAAUCAAAAAGAAUAUCUCAAAGUAUAAGUUAUAACAUCUGUACUUAUAGUUAGGUAACUUAAGAGUGGAUAUAAGUAUGUCCUUUAACUUUUAAAUGCCCACACUAGAAAUACAUUGAUCUGACUGAACAUAGUUUAACUGUGAGUGAAGUCUAAAGGCUGUAUUUAUUUUGAAUGAUUCAAUUGACUUGUAAGCAUUAACAGCUUUCUUACUUAUGAAGAUGCAAAGUAUUCAAAAGUUCCAGCCUGUUCUAGCAAAAGGUUCCCUGACUCACACGCAACAUUUCGCACACUGUUAAGACUACACAUGCUUUCAUUUCUUUUCUGCAAGUGUGUUCUGAUCCAGUUUCACUGCAACUAAAGAGCAGUCUCUAUAAUUUUGAGAACAUUAGUUCCAAAUAUACUGUGUUCCUUUAAAAAAUGGAGAAGAAAGACCAUCAGAAAGCUGAACUGUCAUCUUUUUCACCUUCAAUAAGCAUUUAUUGUGAACAUUUUAUAUUCUGUAAGUAUUACCCACAUAAGAGCAAUUGCAGUCCAUGCCAUAUCUCUUUGUUGAAUUGUUUAUGGCCCCUCUUAAUGUAUCCCACAAACGAAUAUACCUACAACAGAUGAGUAUUUUUACUAUUUGUAUUUAGUGUCACAAAAGCAUAAAUAUGCACAUUACAUUGAAGUUCACCAAUUAUUUUCAUAGAUGCAUUUUGGGGAAAGUAAUAUAUGUGUGAAAACUUUGAAUUGGGUUAUUUAUAAACUAACAUAUUUUCUAUGGAAACACGUUUAUAAUAAGUAAUAAAGUGAAAGAAAGCACUGCAA